UGAUAUGACAAACAUGAUAAUAGAAUAAAAUACAUUUUGAUUUGUUUAAUUUAAGAAGAAAUUUGAUAAGAAUGCUUUUAUCACGUAUUGUCAAAUCUCGAAAUUAUUAUACAGUUAUUCAAUCUUUCGUUAUAUACAGAUAAAACAAGACUUUAAAACUUAAUACCUCACAGGAUAUAAAAGAAUGAUACAUAAUUAAACAUAUACUUAACUGAUUUUUAUGUAAUUACAUUACUGUAUCAUCUUUUAUGAUAAAGCUUCAAGUGUAGUCUUGUAUUAGAAUUUAUAAUGGCAUCUUUACUUGAAAAUGAUAAAAUUUUACGCACAGAUAUUACUACUGCCAAAUUUAAAUCAUCUGAUGUAAAAAUAUCCACAACUAAUAUGUCUCCAAAUAAUUAUGUUGAAAAGCGAUUUAAUGAAAUAAUUAAAUCUUCAAAUGACAAAAGAGAAUAUAGAGGUUUAUUGCUCACAAAUAAAAUGAAAGUAUUACUCAUUAGUGAUCCAACAACUGAUAAAAGUGCUGCAUCAUUGAAUGUGAACAUUGGUUACUUAAGCGAUCCAGAUGAUUUACCAGGUUUGGCACAUUUCUGUGAACAUAUGUUAUUCUUAGGGACAGAGAAAUAUCCAGAAGAAAAUGAAUACAAUAAGUAUUUAGCACAGCAUGGUGGUUCAUACAAUGCAGUAACUCAUAUGGAUCAUACCAAUUAUUAUUUUGAUGUACAGUCAGAAAAAUUGGAAGGUGCACUAGAUCGCUUUGCACAAUUUUUUAUUGCACCCCUUUUCACAGAAGAUUUAACUGAAUUAGAACUAAAUGCUAUUCAUUCGGAACAUGAAAAAAAUUUAGCAAAUGAUACAUGGCGUAUUGAUCAAGUAGAAAAAUCAUCUGCUGAUCCAAAUCAUCCUUUUUCAAAGUUUGGUAGUGGAAAUAAAGAAACAUUGGAUAUAAUUCCAAAACAAAAAGGAAUAAAUGUUAGAGAAAGCUUAUUUAAAUUUUACAAGAAGUUUUACUCUUCUAAUAUAAUGGCACUAUGUGUACUUGGUAAAGAGGAUUUAGACGAACUUGAAAAAAUGGUAGUAGAGUUAUUUUCUCAAGUAGAGAACAAGGAAGUUGAAGUACCUGUAUGGCCAGAGCAUCCUUUCAAUGAAAAACACUUUAAGACCAAGUGGUAUAUUGUUCCAAUAAAAGAUACAAGACAUUUAUAUAUUACAUUUCCUAUACCUGACUUGCAAGAACACUACAAAUCAGCGCCUACAUAUUAUAUUUCCCAAUUGUUAGGACAUGAAGGAGAAGGAUCACUAUUGUCUGCUUUAAAAGCAAAAGGAUGGUGUAAUUCUCUAGGAUCCGGAAAACGAUUGAGUGCUAGGGGUUUCCAGUUUUUUGUUGUUUAUGUUGAAUUAACAGAAGAGGGUCUUCAACAUAUUGACGACAUUGUUUUGUUGACUUUUCAAUAUAUUAACAUGCUGAAAACCCAAGGACCAACCGAAUGGUUUUAUCAUGAAUAUAGAGACAUUGCAAACAUGAACUUUCAAUUCAAAGAGAAGUCUUCACCUUCGGAUUAUGUUAGUAGCAUAGUACAAAUAUUGCAAGAUUAUCCAAUAGAAGAAGCUUUGACAGUAAACAGCCUUUUCCCGUUAUGGAAACCAGAUUUAAUUGAAUGGGUAAUGGAAUAUUUAAAACCAGAAAAUGUGAGAAUUCAUGCAAUUGCAAAAUUGUAUGAAGGCAUAGCCGAUGAAACUGAAAAAUGGUAUGGUACUAGCUUCAAAAGAGAAAAAAUAUCAGAUGAUAUAAUUGAAAAAUGGAUUAAUGCUGGUCUUAAUUCAGACUUACAAUUGCCACCCAAAAACGAGUUUAUAGCAGAAAAAUUUGAUAUAAAACUAGCAGAAAGUAACAUAACCAAAUUUCCAGUAAUUAUAGAAGAUACUCCACUAAUAAGAUUAUGGUUUAAACAAGACGACGAAUUUCUUGUACCUAGAGCUAAUUUAUCCAUGGAUUUUGUUAGUCCACUGGCAUACAUGGAUCCUCUUAGCCAUAAUUUUUGUUGUAUAUUUGUACUAUUGUUCCGGGAUGCACUAAAUGAAUACUCGUAUGCUGCUAAUAUAGCCGGUCUCAAGUGGGAACUUGUCAAUAGUAAAUAUGGAAUUACGUUAGGAAUCGGUGGUUACGAUCAUAAGCAACGAGUACUACUAGAGAAAAUUAUAGACAAAAUGAUUAAUUUUAAAGUUGAUCCAAAAAGAUUUGAAAUUUGGAAAGAAAAUUAUAUUAGAGGUCUUAAAAAUUUUGAGACUGAACAGCCAUACCAGCAUGCUGUUUAUUAUCUAGCUGUAUUAUUGUCUGAACAAGUUUGGAUGAAGGAUGAAUUACUAAAUGCAACUUCGCAGUUGACAGCUGAAAGACUUCAACAAUUUAUUCCACAAUUUUUAAGUAAAAUUCAUGUAGAAUGUUUAAUACACGGUAAUAUGACAAUGUCGGAAGCUAUUGAAACUGUCGGGUUAAUAGAAUCAAAAUUAAAAGGCUCGCUUCCUCAUAUGAUUCCUCUUUUACCUAGACAGUUGAUUUUACAACGUGAAAUCAAAUUAGAAGAUGGUCAUCACUUUUUGUUUGAAGUGAAGAAUAAGUUUCAUAAAAGUUCAUGUACACAAGUUUAUUAUCAAACUGGUUUGCAAUCAACAGAAUUAAAUAUGUUACUAGAACUGUUAGCACAACUUAUAUCAGAACCAUGUUUUACUGUAUUAAGAACUAAAGAACAAUUAGGAUAUAUUGUAUUUAGCGGAGUUCGAAGAACAAAUGGUGCACAAGGUUUAAGAAUUAUAGUUCAAAGUGAGAGAGAUCCUAACUAUGUUGAACAGAAAAUUAAUGCAUUUUUGAAUUCCAUGUUGGAAUACAUAUCAUCUUUAACAGAAGAAGAAUUUAAUAGACAUAAAGAAUCAUUGGCAGUACGACGUCUUGAGAAACCUAAAAAGAUGACUACUUUAUCUGCAAUUUUCUGGAGUGAAAUUUCAGUGCAGCAAUAUAAUUUUGAUCGAGCAAAUAUAGAAGUUGCAUAUUUAAGAACUAUAACACAGGAACAGAUAAUGAAGUUUUACGAAGAACUACUUCGAAACGAUAUUCAACAUAAAGUAUCGGUACACGUAAUUUCGACAGUAAAAGACUCAGAUUCGACAGAAGAAAAUACAGUGGAGUCUAACGAAAAUGUUACGGCAUCAAAUGGAAAAGAUACUGCUGCGUAUAAAAAGAUUGAUGAUAUUAUAUCAUUCAAAAUUAGUCAAUCUCUGUAUCCAUUACUAAAACCAUUUAGUGAUAUACCAAGAAAAGGAGCUCAUUCGUCAAAAUUAUAA